CCGAGUGGGGGGCGGCUGUGCUCGCUCUGGCGGUUGGAGGUCGGGGAGCGGCCCGGGCUCUGGCCAUGUUCUCGGAUGAGGAUUUCUGGAUCGCCCUGUGAAGAGGUCUCCCCGAGAGGGCCCUGCCCAGUCGGAGAGAGGGAUGGACAGCCAGAAGCCGCCUGCUGAAGAUAAAGAUUCAGACCCGGCCGCUGAUGGACUUGCAGCCCCUGAGAAGCCAGGUGCCACUGAGCCAGACCUUCCCAUCCUGUGUAUCGGGGAGGUCUCUGUCCCCAGUUCUGGGAGUUUCAGGCUUCAGAAGCCUCAUGACUGCAGUAGGGGUCCAGCACGGCGUUGUGCUCUCUGUAACUGCGGGGAGCCCAGUCUGCAUGGGCAGAGGGAGCUGCAGCGCUUUGAAUUGCCAUCUGACUGGCCCGGGUUUCCAGUGGUAUCCUCUGGGGGAAGCUCAGGUCCCUGUGAGGCAGUGCUGCCCAAUGAGGACCCAUCACAAAUUGGUUUCCCUGAGGGCCUUAUGCCUGCCCACUUAGGAGAGCCUGGAGGGCACUGCUGGGCACAUCAUUGGUGUGCAGCGUGGUCAGCAGGUGUGUGGGGGCAGGACGGCCCAGAACUAUGUGGUGUGGACAAGGCCAUCUUCUCAGGGAUCUCACAGCGCUGCUCCCACUGCGCCAGGUUUGGUGCCUCCGUUCCUUGCCGCUCACCUGGAUGUUCACGGCUUUACCACUUUCCCUGUGCGACCGCCAGUGGUUCCUUCUUAUCUAUGACAACGCUGCAGCUGCUCUGCCCAGAGCACAGUGAUGGAGCUGCACGUCUGGGGGAGGCUCGCUGUGCAGUAUGUGAGGGGCCAGGGGAGCUGUGUGACUUGUUCUUCUGUACCAGCUGUGGGCAUCACUAUCAUGGAGCCUGUCUGGACACUGCUCUGACUGCCCGCAAGCGUGCUGGUUGGCAGUGCCCUGAGUGUAAAGUGUGCCAAGCCUGCAGGAAACCUGGGAAUGAUUCUAAAAUGUUGGUCUGUGAGACGUGUGACAAAGGGUAUCAUACCUUCUGUUUAAAACCCCCCAUGGAGGACCUACCUGCUCACUCGUGGAAGUGCAAGACAUGCCGGAUAUGUCGGGCUUGUGGGGCCGGCUCAGCAGAAUUGAAUCCCAACUCUGAGUGGUUUGAGAACUAUUCACUCUGUCACCGCUGUCAUAAAGCCCAGGGAAGCCAGCCUGUCAUUUCUGUUGCUGAACAGCACCCAGCUGUCUGUAGCAGAUUUUCACCCCCAGAGCCUGGUGAGAUCCCCACUGAUGAGCCCGAUGCUCUGUACGUUGCAUGCCAAGGGCAGCCAAAGGGGGGGCACGUGACCUCUAUGCAACCCAAGGAAUCGGGGCCCCUGCAAUGUGAAGCCAAACCACUAGGAAGAGCAGGGACCCAACUUGAAGCCCAGUUGGAGGCUUCCCUAAAUGAGGAGAUGCCACUGCUGCCCCCGCCUGAGGAGUCACCCCUGUCUCCACCACCUGAAGAAUCACCCACAUCUCCACCACCUGAGGCCUCUCGCCUGUCCCCACCAACUGAAGAGUCACCCCUUUCUCCACCACCUGAGUCAUCACCUUUUACUCCACUGGAGGGGUCCCCCCCAUGUCCUGCACUAGACACACCUCUGUCUCCACCGCCUGAAGCCUCACCCCUAUCUCCACCAUUUGAGGAGUCUCCUCUGUCCCCCCCACCAGAGGAAUUGCCCUCUUCUCCGCCACCUGAAGCGUCUCGCCUGUCUCCACCACCAGAAGAGUCUCCCAUGUCCCCUCCACCAGAAGAGUCACCCAUGUCCCCUCCACCUGAGGCAUCUCGUCUUUUCCCACCAUUUGAAGAGUCUCCCCUAUCUCCUCCCCCUGAGGACUGCCCUCUGUCCCCACCUCCAGAGGCAUCACGGCUGUCCCCACCCCCUGAGGACUCCCCCAUGUCUCCCCCACCUGAAGACUCACCUAUGUCUCCCCCACCUGAGGUGUCACGCUUCUUGCCCAUGCCUGUCCUGUCACAUCUGUCGCCUCUGCCUGAGUUAUCACGGCUCUCCCCACCACCUGAGGAAUCUCCCCUGUCCCCACCACCUGAAGACUCUCCCACGUCACCUCCGCCUGAAGCUUCCCGAGUGUCCCCACCACCUGAGGACUCUCCGGCCUCACCUCCACCUGAGGACUCACUCAUGUCUCUUCCGAUGGAGGAGUCACCCUUGUCGCCACUGCCUGAGGAGCUGAGACUGUGUCCUCAGCCUGAGGAACCGUACCUGUCUCCUCAGCCUGAGGAGCCCCAACUCUGUCCCCAGCCUGGGGAGCUGCCUCUGUCCCCACAGUCUGAGGAGCCAUGCCUGUCCCCUGUGCUUGCAGAGCCGCGCCCAUCUUCUCAGCCUGAGGAGCUACGCUUGUCCCCUGUGCCUCAGGAGCCACCCCUGUCCCUUCAGCCUGAGAAACCACCCCUGUCCCCUCAGCCUAAGCAGAUGCACCUGUCUCCCCAAUCUGAGGAGCCCUGCCUGUCCCCCAUGCCUGAGGAGCCCUGCCUGUCCCCCAUGCCUGAGGAGCCAUGCCUGUCCCCCAUGCCUGAGGAACUACACCAAUCUCCUCGGCCUGAAGAGCCUCCUGAGGAACCAAGCCAGUGCCCUGCACCUAAGGAGCUGUCCUUGUUUCCCCCAAGUGGGGAACCACCUUUAUCCCCCAUGCUUGGAGAGCCAGCCCUGUCUGAGCCUGGGGGACCACCUCUAUCCCCACUUCCUGAGGAGCUGCCCUUGUCCCUGCCGGGGGAGCCAGUCUUGUCACCUCAGCUGAUGCCACCAGAUCCUCUUCCUCCUCCACUCUCACCCAUUAUCCCAGCUGCAGCCCCUCCAGCCUUGUCUCCUUUGGGGGAGUUAGAGUACCCCUUUGGUGCCAAAGGGGACAGUGACCCCGAGUCACCAUUGGCUGCCCCCAUCCUCGAGACACCCAUCAGCCCUCCACCAGAAGCCAACUGCACUGACCCUGAGCCUGUACCCCCGAUGAUCCUUCCCCCAUCCCCAGGCUCCCCCAUGGGACCUGCUUCUCCGAUCCUGAUGGAGCCGCUCCCUCCCUGCUCCCCGCUCCUCCAGCACUCCUUACCGCCUCCAACCCCUCCUCCUUCCCACUGCUCACCUCCUGCUCUGCCGCUCUCGGUUCCCUCCCCACUGAGUCCUGUGCAGAAGGCAGACGAUGUCUCUGAUGAAGCUGAGCUGCCUGAGAUGGAGACUGAGAAAGGUCCAGAACCUGAGUGCCCAGCCUUGGAACCCAGGGCCACCAGUCCUCUGCCAUCCCCUAUGGGGGACCUUUCUUGCCCUGCCCCCAGCCCUGCCCCAGCCCUGGAUGACUUCUCUGGCUUAGGAGAAGACACAGCCCCUCUAGAUGGGACUGAUGCUAAUCCUUCACAGUCACGGACUGGACAGAUCUCUGGCAGUUUGGCUAGUGAACUUAAAGGUUCUCCUGUGCUCCUGGACCCUGAGGAGCUGAUCCCUGUGACCCCUAUGGAGGUCUAUGGCCCAGAAUGCAAGCAGGCAGGGCAGGGCUCACCCUGUGAAGAACAGGAGGAGCCUGGUGCACCAAUGGCCCCCAUGCCACCCACUCUCAUCAAAUCUGAUAUCGUCAAUGAGAUCUCCAAUCUGAGCCAGGGUGAUGCCAGUGCCAGUUUCCCUGGUUCAGAGCCCCUGCUGGGCUCGCCUGACCCUGAGGGGGGCGGCUCGUUGUCCAUGGAGCUGGGAGUAUCUACGGAUGUCAGUCCAGCCCGAGAUGAGGGCUCUCUGCGCCUCUGCACUGACUCGCUGCCAGAGACUGAUGACUCCCUGCUGUGUGACACUGGGACAGCAACCAGUGGAGGCAAAGCUGAGGGGGACAAAGGGCGGCGGCGCAGCUCCCCUGCCAGGUCCCGAAUCAAACAGGGUCGGAGCAGCAGUUUCCCAGGGCGCCGCAGGCCUCGUGGAGGAGCAACACACGGAGGACGAGGGAGAGGACGGGCCCGGCUGAAGUCAACCACUUCUUCCGUUGAGACACUGGUAGUGGCUGAUAUUGAUAGCUCUCCUAGCAAGGAGGAGGAGGAGGAAGACGACGACACCAUGCAAAAUACCGUGGUUCUCUUCUCUAACACAGACAAAUUUGUUCUAAUGCAGGACAUGUGUGUGGUGUGUGGCAGCUUUGGCCGGGGCGCCGAGGGCCACCUGUUGGCCUGUUCUCAGUGUUCUCAGUGCUAUCACCCGUACUGUGUCAACAGCAAGAUCACCAAGGUGAUGCUGCUGAAGGGCUGGCGUUGUGUGGAGUGUAUUGUGUGUGAGGUAUGCGGCCAGGCCUCUGACCCUUCACGCCUGCUGCUCUGUGAUGACUGUGACAUUAGCUACCAUACAUACUGCCUGGAUCCUCCACUGCUCACUGUGCCCAAGGGUGGCUGGAAGUGCAAGUGGUGUGUGUCGUGUAUGCAGUGUGGGGCCGCGUCCCCUGGCUUCCACUGUGAAUGGCAGAAUAGUUACACACAUUGUGGGCCAUGUGCCAGCCUGGUGACCUGUCCUAUCUGUCACGCUCCCUAUGUGGAGGAAGACCUGCUAAUCCAGUGUCGCCACUGUGAACGGUGGAUGCAUGCUGGCUGCGAGAGUCUCUUCACAGAAGAUGAGGUGGAGCAGGCUGCCGAUGAGGGCUUUGACUGUGUCUCCUGCCAGCCCUAUGUGGUAAAGCCUGUGGUACCUGUUGCCCCACCAGAGUUGGUACCUAUGAAGGUAAAAGAGCCAGAGCCCCAGUUCUUUCGCUUCGAGGGUGUGUGGCUGACAGAAACUGGCAUGGCGGUGCUGCGUAACCUGACCAUGUCACCACUGCACAAGCGGCGCCAGCGGCGAGGACGGCUAGGCCUCCCAGGAGAGGCAGGGCUGGAGGGUUCUGAGCCCUCAGAUGCCCUUGGCCCUGAUGACAAGAAGGAUGGGGACCUGGACACUGACGAGCUGCUCAAGGGUGAAGGUGGUGUUGAGCAAAUGGAGUGUGAAAUUAAGCUAGAAGGCCCCGCCAGCCCUGAUGGAGAACUUGGCAAAGAAGAGACAGAGGAAAGCAAAAAGCGCAAGCGCAAACCCUAUCGGCCGGGCAUUGGUGGUUUCAUGGUACGACAGCGGAAGUCUCAUAGCCGUGUGAAAAGGGGGCCUGCUGUACAGGCGGAGGUGUUGAGUGGGGACGGGCAGCCCGACGAGGGUGAGACGGUGAUGCCUGCUGACCUGCCUGCCGAGGGCUCUGUGGAGCAGAGCCUUGCUGAGGGGGACGAAAAGAAGAAGCAACAGCGACGAGCACGCAAAAAGAGCAAGCUGGAGGACAUGUUCCCUGCUUACCUGCAGGAAGCCUUCUUUGGAAAGGAACUGCUGGACCUGAGUCGGAAGGCCCUGUUUGCAGUUGGGGUGGGCCGGCCAGGCUUUGGACUGGUAACCUCAAAACCCCGGGCAGAUGGAGGUUCAGAUAGGAAGGAGCUUAUGACAGCCUUGCACAAAGGAGAUGAUGGGCCGGAUGUUGCAGACGAGGAGUCCCAUGGGCCUGAGGGCACAGCUGAGAUACCAGGGCUUGAGGAUGGGCGUGUAAAGGCAUCCCCAGUGCCCAGUGACCCUGAGAAGCCAGGCACCCCAGGGGAAGGAGUGCUUAGCUCUGACUUAGACAGGAUUCCCACAGAAGAACUUCCCAAAAUGGAGUCCAAGGACCUGCAGCAGCUCUUUAAGGAUGUCCUGGGCUCAGAGCGAGAACAGCAUUUGGGUUGUGGCACUCCUGGCCUAGAAGGCAGCCGUACACCACUGCAGAGGCCCUUUCUUCAAGGUGGACUCGCUUCGGGCAGCCUCCCCUCCAGCAGCCCGAUGGACUCUUACCCAGGCCUCUGCCAGUCCCCCUUCCUGGAUUCUAGGGAGCGCGGGGGCUUCUUUAGCCCAGAACCCGGUGAGCCAGACAGCCCUUGGACAGGCUCAGGGGGCACCACACCCUCCACCCCCACCACACCUACCACAGAGGGAGAGAGUGACGGGCUGUCCUAUAACCAGCGGAGUCUACAGCGUUGGGAAAAAGAUGAGGAACUGGGCCAGCUCUCCACUAUUUCACCUGUACUCUAUGCCAACAUUAACUUUCCUAAUCUCAAGCAAGAUUACCCAGACUGGUCUAGCCGAUGUAAACAAAUCAUGAAGCUCUGGAGAAAGGUUCCAGCCACUGACAAAGCCCCCUACCUGCAAAAGGCCAAAGAUAACCGGGCUGCUCACCGCAUCAACAAGGUGCAAAAGCAGGCUGAGAGCCAGAUCAGCAAGCAAGCCAAGAUGGGCGACAUAGCCCGUAAGACUGAUCGACCGGCCCUCCAUCUCCGCAUCCCCUCCCAGCCAGGGGCACUGGGCAGUCCACCCCCUGCUGCGGCCCCCACCAUUUUCCUUGGCAGCCCCCCCACCCCUGCUGGCUUGUCUACCUCUGCGGACGGGUUCUUGAAGCCACCAGCGGGCACAGUACCCGGCCCUGACUCACCUGGUGAGCUCUUCCUCAAGCUCCCGCCCCAGGUGCCCGCCCAAGUGCCUUCGCAGGACCCCUUUGGACUGGCCCCUGCCUACGCCCCAGAGCCCCGCUUCUCUGCGGCACCACCCACUUAUCCUCCUUACCCAAGCCCCACUGGAGCCCCUGUCCAGCCCCCAAUGCUGGGUACCACAACUCGACCUGGGACUGGCCAGCCAGGGGAGUUUCAUACGACUCCACCGGGUACCCCCAGACACCAGCCUUCCACACCUGACCCUUUCCUCAAACCUCGCUGCCCCUCAUUGGACAACCUGGCUGUGCCUGAGAGCCCAGGGGUAGCAGGAGGCAAGGCUUCCGAGCCUCUGCUCUCACCCCAACCUUUUGGGGAGUCCCGGAAGUCCCUGGAAGUGAAGAAGGAAGAGCUUGGGGCAUCCUCUCCUGGCUAUGGUCCCCCAAGCCUGGGCUGUGUCGACUCACCCUCUUCAGGCCCCCACCUGGGUGGUCUGGAGUUAAAGGCACCUGAUGUCUUCAAAGCUCCCCUAACCCCUCGGGCAUCUCAGGUAGAGCCCCAGAGCCCGGGCCUGGGCCUACGGGCCCAGGAGCCACCCCCUGCCCAGGCUUUGGCCCCUUCUCCUCCCAGCCACCCAGAUGUCUUUCGUCCAGGCCCAUACCCGGACCCCUAUGCCCAGCCCCCAUUGACUCCUCGGCCCCAACCACCACCCCCUGAGAGCUGCUGUGCCCCACCUCCCCGAUCACUGCCCUCUGACCCUUUCUCCAGAGUACCCGCUAGUCCCCAGUCCCAGUCCAGUUCCCAGUCCCCAUUGACCCCACGUCCUCUGUCGGCUGAGGCGUUCUGUCCAUCCCCUGUUACCCCUCGCUUCCAGUCCCCUGACCCUUAUUCUCGUCCACCCUCACGCCCUCAGUCCCGUGAUCCCUUUGCCCCGUUGCAUAAGCCACCCCGGCCCCAGCCCCCUGAAGUUGCCUUUAAGGCUGGGCCCCUAGCCCACACUCCGCUGGGAGCUGGGGGCUUCCCAGCAGCCCUGCCCUCUGGCCCAGCAGGUGAGCUCCAUGCCAAGGUCCCAAGUGGGCAGCCUACUAAUUUUGCCCGUUCUCCUGGGACGGGUGCAUUUGUGGGUACCCCAUCUCCCAUGCGGUUCACUUUCCCACAGGGGGUAGGGGAGCCUUCCCUAAAGCCCCCCGUCCCUCAGCCUGGUCUCCCUUCACCCCAUGGGAUCAACAGCCAUUUUGGGCCUGGCCCCACUUUGGGCAAGCCUCAAAGCACAAACUACACCGUAGCCACGGGGAACUUUCACCCAUCAGUCAGCCCCCUGGGGCCCAGCAGUGGGCCCACAGGGGAGGGCUAUGGGCUGUCCCCACUACGCCCCGCAUCAGUUCUGCCACCUCCCACACCUGAUGGAUCCCUCCCCUACUUGUCGCAUGGAGCCUCACAAAGGGCAGGCAUCACCUCUCCAGUGGAAAAGAGAGAAGACCCCGGAGCCACAAUGAGCAGUGGCUCUUUGGCAACCCCUGAACUCUCAAGUGCCCAGGAUGCAGGCAUGUCCAGCCUCAGCCAGACAGAGCUGGAGAAGCAACGGCAGCGCCAGCGACUACGGGAACUGCUGAUUCGACAGCAGAUCCAGCGGAACACCCUGCGGCAGGAGAAGGAAACGGCUGCAGCGGCUGCAGGUGCAGGCGGGCCUCCAGGCAGCUGGGGUGCUGAACCCGGCAGCCCUGCCUUUGAACAGCUGAGCCGAGGCCAGACCCCUUUUACUGGGUCUCAGGAUAGGAGCAGUAUUGUGGGGCUACCCUCAAGCAAGCUCGGUGCUCCCGUCCUGGGACCAGGAGCCUUCUCCAGCGAUGAUCGACUCUCCCGGCCGCUUCCACCAGCCACUCCUUCUUCCAUGGACAUGAACAGCAGGCAACUUGUCGGAGGCUCCCAGGCCUUCUAUCAGCGAACACCCUAUCCUGGGUCCCUGCCCUUACAGCAGCAGCAGCAGCAGCAGCAGCAACUGUGGCAGCAGCAGCAACAGCAGCAGCAACAGCAGCAACAGCAGCAGCAGCAGCAACAGCAAGUGGCAGCAGCAGCAACCUCCAUGAGACUUGCCAUGUCUGCUCGAUUCUCAACUCCUGGACCUGAACUUGGCCGCCAAGCACUAGGUUCCCCCUUGGCAGGAAUUCCCACCCGUCUUCCAGGCCCUGCUGAGCCAGUUCCUGGUCCAGCUGGUCCUGCUCAGUUCAUUGAGUUGCGACAUAAUGUGCAGAAAGGACUUGGACCUGGGGUAUCUCCGUUUCCUGGUCAAGGUCCCCCUCAGAGGCCCCGUUUUUACCCAGUAAGCGAGGAACCCCAUCGACUGGCUCCUGAAGGUCUUCGGGGCCUGGCUGUUUCAGGCCUUCCCCCACAAAAGCCCUCAGUUCCACCAGCCCCUGAGUUAAACAACAGCCUGCAUCAGACACCCCAUACCAAGGGUCCUGCCUUAGCAGCUGGCUUGGAGCUGGUCAGUCGUCCACCAUCAGGCACUGAACUUAGUCGUCCCCCUCUGGCCUUGGAGGCUGGGAAGUUGCCUUGUGAGGAUCCUGAGCUGGAUGAUGACUUUGAUGCCCACAAGGCCCUAGAGGAUGAUGAAGAGCUUGCUCACUUGGGUCUGGGUGUGGAUGUGGCCAAGGGCGAUGAUGAACUGGGUACCCUGGGAAACCUGGAGACGAACGACCCCCACCUGGAUGACCUCCUCAAUGGAGAUGAGUUUGACCUGCUAGCGUAUACUGACCCUGAGCUUGAUACUGGAGAUAAGAAGGACAUCUUUAAUGAGCACCUAAGGCUGGUGGAGUCAGCAAACGAGAAGGCUGAGCGAGAAGCCCUGCUGCGGGGGGUGGAGCCAGCAUCCUUGGGCCCUGAGGACCGUCCUCCACCUGUCCCAGAUAACUCCGAGCCUCGCUUAACAUCUGUGCUCCCUGAGGUGAAGCCCAAAGUGGAGGAGGGAGGACGCCAUCCUUCCCCUUGCCAGUUCACCAUGAAUACCCCCAAGGUGGAGCCAGCACCUCCUGCCACUCCACUAAGCCUGGCUCUGAAGCCAGGGCAGACUGUGAUGGGUGGCCGGGACACUCGAGGAGGAGGAGGAGGUACAGGACCAUUCCCCAGCAGUGGGCACACAGCUGAGAAGGGUCCAUUCGGGGCCACAGGAGGAACACCAGCUCACUUGCUGAACCCCAGCUCACUGAGUGGCCCAGCUGGAUCUUCUCUUCUGGAAAAGUUUGAGCUAGAAAGUGGAGCCCUAACCUUACCCAGUGGCCAUGCAGCCCCUGGGGAUGAGCUGGACAAGAUGGAGAGCUCGUUGGUAGCCAGCGAACUGCCGCUGCUCAUUGAGGACCUCCUAGAGCACGAGAAGAAAGAGCUGCAGAAGAAGCAGCAGCUUUCAGCACAGACCGCGUUGCCAGCCCAGCAGCAGCAGCAGCAGCAGCAGCAGCAGCAGCAGCAGCAACAGCCCCUCCUUCCCACACCAGGCCCUGCCCAGGCACUGCCUUUACCACAUGAGCCUGGGCCGCCACAGCAGCUUGCUCUGGGUCUUGGGAGUACCCGACAGCCAGGCUUGGGCCCAUCUAUGAUGCCCACCCAGUCACCAGCUCAUGCCCUUCAGCAGCGCCUGGCUAUGGUGUCUAAUCAAGGGCAUAUGCUAAGUGGGCAGCCAGCAGGACAGACAAGCCUGGUGCCCCAGCAGAGCUCACAGCCAGUGUUAGCACAGAAGCCCAUGAACGCCAUGCCAGCGCCCAUGUGCAUGAAGCCCCAGCAGCUGGCAAUGCAGCAGCAGCAGCUGGCUAACAGUUUCUUCCCAGACACAGACCUGGACAGAUUUGCUGCUGAAGACAUCAUAGAUCCAAUUGCAAAGGCCAAGAUGGUCGCCUUGAAAGGCAUCAAGAAAGUGAUGGCUCAGGGCAGCAUUGGGGUGGCGCCUGGUAUAAACAGGCAGCAAGUUUCACUGCUGGCUCAGAGGCUCUCUGGGGGGUCUGGCAGUGAUCUUCAGAACCAUGUGGCACCUGGGAGUGGCCAGGAGCGGAAUGCCAGUGACCCUUCCCAGCCUCGUCCCAACCCACCCACUUUUGCCCAGGGAGUGAUCAAUGAGGCUGACCAGCGGCAGUAUGAAGAAUGGCUGUUCCAUACCCAGCAGCUCCUACAGAUGCAGCUGAAGGUGCUGGAAGAGCAGAUUGGUGUGCACCGCAAGUCUCGGAAGGCUCUGUGUGCCAAGCAGCGCACUGCCAAAAAGGCUGGGCGCGAGUUCCCAGAAGCCGACGCUGAGAAGCUCAAGCUGGUCACAGAGCAGCAGAGCAAGAUCCAGAAGCAGCUAGACCAGGUCCGGAAACAGCAGAAAGAGCACACAAAUCUCAUGGCAGAAUAUCGGAACAAACAGCAGCAGCAGCAGCAACAGCAACAGCAGCAACAGCAGCACUCAGCUGUACUGGCUGUCAGCCCUUCUCAGAAUCCUCGGGUCCUCACCAAGCUCCCUGGCCAUGGGUUACAGCCACCACAGGCACCUCCGGGUGGGCAAGCUGGAGGGCUUCGUCUGCCUCCAGGGGGUAUGGUACUACCUGGACAGUCUGGUGGUCCAUUCCUCAAUACUGCCUUGGCCCAACAACAGCAACAGCAGCAUUCUGGUGUGGCUGGAUCCUUGACUGGCCCCUCAGGGAGCUUCUUCCCUGGCAAUCUUGCUCUCCGAAGCCUUGGACCUGACUCGAGGCUUUUACAGGAAAGGCAACAACAGCUGCAGCAGCAGCGAAUGCAGCUGGCUCAGAAACUGCAGCAGCAGCAACAGCAACAGCAGCAGCAGCAACACCUCUUAGGGCAGGUGGCAAUCCAACAACAACAGGGUCCCGGAGUACAGAACCAGGCUCUGGGUCCUAAGCCUCAGGGCCUUCUGCCUCCCAGCAACCACCAGGGCCUCCUGGUUCAACAGUUGUCCCCCCAGCAAUCACAGGGGUCCCAGGGCAUGCUGGGUCCUGCCCAGGUGGCAGUGCUGCAGCAGCAGCACUCUGGAGCUUUGGGUCCUCAGGGCCCUCACAGACAGGUGCUUAUGACUCAGUCCAGGGUGCUGAGCUCCCCUCAGCUGGCCCAGCAGGGUCACAGCCUUAUGGGACACCGGCUGCUCACAGCCCAGCAGCAGCAACAGCAGCAGCAGCAGCAGCAGCAGCAGCAGGGAUCUAUGACAGGGAUUUCCCAACUUCAGCAAGGAAUGAUGUCACAUGGUGGACAGCCCAAAAUGAGUGCUCAGGCCUUGGGUUCUUUACAACAGCAGCAGCAGCAGCAGCAGCAGCUACAGCAGCAACAGAUGCAACAGAUGCAACAGCAGCAACAACAACAGCUGCAGCAGCAGCUACAGCAGCAACAGAUGCAGCAGCAGCAACAACUGCAGCAGCAGCAACAGCUGCACUUGCAGCAGCAGCUGCACCAGCAGCAACAGAUGCAGCAGCAGCAGAUGGGCCUCUUGAACCAGAAUCGAACUUUACUAUCUCCGCAGCAGCAGCAGCAGCAGCAGCAGCAGCAGCAGCAGCAGCAAGUGACACUUGGCCCUGGCAUGCCAGUCAAGCCUCUUCAACACUUUUCUAGCCCUGGAGCCCUAGGCCCAACCCCCCUCCUGGCAGGCAAGGAGCAAAACAUUACAGAGACAGCGCUUCCUUCAGAGGUCACUGAGGGACCCUCGACACAUCAAGGAGGGCCACCAGCAGUGGGGACUACACCUGAGUCAAUGUCUGUUGAACCAGGGGAGGUAAAGCCCUCUGUUUCUGGAGAUUCACAACUCCUGCUUGUCCAAUCCCAGGCCCAACCUCAGCCCACAUCAGUGCAGCUGCAGCCACCGCUCAGGCUCCCAGCACAACCCCAGCAGCAGGUGAACUUGCUUCCCACGACAGGUGGAGGAAGCCAUGGGCAGCAGCUAGGGAGUGGAUCCUCCUCUGAGGCCCCAUCUGCACCCCACCUGCUGGCCCAACCCUCUGUUUCCUUGGGGGAGCAGCCUGGACCUGUGGCCCAGAACCUUCUGGGCUCCCAACAGCCCCUUGGGUUAGAUCGACCCAUUCAGAAUAACACAGGGUCACAGCCUCCCAAAUCGGGACCUGCCCCUCAGUCUGGUCAGGGUCCUCCUGGAGUUGGAGUCAUGUCUACAGUGGGUCAACUUCGAGCACAGCUCCAAGGAGUCCUGGCCAAAAACCCGCAGCUACGGCACCUGAGCCCACAGCAGCAGCAGCAGCUACAGGCACUCCUCAUGCAGCGACAGCUGCAGCAGAGUCAGGCAGUACGCCAGACUCCACCGUUCCAGGAGCUGGGGACCCAACCCUCUCCCCUCCAGGGCCUCCUGGGCUGUCAACCUCAACCUGGGGUUUUUUCUGCAUCUCAGACAGGACCCCUCCAGGAGCUAGGGGCGGGCUCUAGACCUCAGGGCCCACCCCGGCUCCCUGUCCCACAAGGAGCCUUAUCUACAGGACCAGUGCUUGGCCCUGGCCAUCCCACACCUCCACCUUCCAGUCCCCAAGAGCCAAAGAGACCUUCACAAUUACCUUCCCCCAGUACCCAGCUAACCCCAACCCAUCCAGGGACUCCAAAGCCCCAGGGGCCAGCCUUGGAGCUGCCUCCUGGGAGGGUCUCACCUGCUGCUGCCCAGCUUGCAGAUACUUUCUUUGGCAAGGGGCUAGGACCUUGGGACCCCUCAGACAACCUCCCAGAAGCCCAGAAGCCAGAGCAGAGCAGCCUGGUACCCGGGCAUCUGGAACAGGUGAAUGGACAGGUGGUACAUGAACCAUCUCAACUCAGCAUCAAGCAGGAGCCUCGGGAAGAGCCAUGUGCCCUGGGUGCACAGACAGUGAAAAGGGAGGCCAAUGGGGAGCCAGCUGGGGCCCCGGGCACCAGCAACCACCUCCUGCUAGCAGGCUCCCGCUCAGAGGCUGGGCAUCUGCUCUUGCAGAAGCUCCUACGGGCAAAGAAUGUGCAACUUGGUGCUGGGCGGGGACCUGAGGGCCUGCGAGCUGAGAUGAAUGGACACAUUGACAGCAAGCUGUCAGGGCUGGAGCAGAAGCUACAGGGUACUUCCAGCAACAAAGAGGAUGCAGCCACAAGGAAGCCUCUGCCGGCGAAGCCCAAGCGGGUGCAGAAGACAAGUGACAGAUUGGCGAGCUCCCGGAAGAAGCUGCGGAAAGAAGAUGGCGUCAGGGCCAAUGAGGCCUUAUUGAAACAGCUAAAACAGGAACUGUCCCAGCUGCCGCUGACGGAGCCUACCAUCACCGCCAAUUUUAGCCUCUUUGCUCCCUUUGGCAGUGGCUGCCUAGUCAGUGGGCAGAGCCAGCUCAGGGGGGCCUUUGGAAGUGGGGCUCUGCACACCGGCCCUGACUACUAUUCUCAGCUGCUCACCAAGAAUAACCUGAGUAACCCGCCGACACCACCCUCGUCGCUGCCCCCCACCCCACCCCCAUCGGUGCAGCAGAAGAUGGUGAAUGGUGUCACUCCCUCUGACGAGCUGGGGGAGCACCCCAAGGACGCAGCCUCUGCCCAGGACAGUGAAGGAACACUGAGAGAUGCUGCAGAAGUGAAGAGUUUAGACCUGCUGGCUGCUCUGCCUACACCCCCUCACAACCAGACUGAGGAUGUCAGGAUGGAGAGUGAUGAGGACAGCGACUCUCCUGACAGCAUUGUGCCUGCUUCAUCCCCUGAGAGCAUCCUUGGGGAAGAGGCCCCACGUUUCCCUCAGCUGGGCUCUGGCCGGUGGGAGCAAGACAACCGGGCUCUCUCUCCCGUCAUCCCUAUCAUCCCUCGCACCAGUAUCCCUAUCUUCCCAGAUACCAAACCUUAUGGGGUCCUUGACCUUGAGGUCCCUGGAAAGCUGCCUGCUACAGCGUGGGAGAAGGGCAAGGGGAGUGAGGUGUCAGUCAUGCUCACAGUCUCUGCUGCCGCCGCCAAGAACCUGAACGGUGUGAUGGUAGCGGUGGCUGAGCUGCUAAGCAUGAAGAUCCCCAACUCCUAUGAGGUGCUGUUCCCAGAUGGCCCUGCCCGGGCUGGCCUUGAACCCAAGAAGGGGGAAGCUGAGGGUUCUGGUGGGAAAGAAAAAGGUUUGAGUGGCAAGGGCCCAGACACUGGACCUGAUUGGUUAAAGCAGUUUGAUGCAGUGUUGCCUGGCUACACCCUCAAGAGCCAGUUAGACAUCUUGAGCCUCUUGAAGCAGGAGAGCCCUGCCCCAGAGCCAUCCAUCCAGCACACCUACACCUACAAUGUCUCCAACCUGGAUGUGAGGCAGCUCUCCGCCCCACCUCCUGAGGAACCUUCCCCACCUCCAUCCCCUUUGGCACCCUCUCCUGCCAGUCCUCCCGCUGAGCCCAUGGUUGAACUUCAGGCUGAACUGCCUGCUGAGCCACCCAUCCCUUCACCUCUGCCACUGGCUUCCUCCCCUGAAUCUGCCCGCCCCAAACCCCGAGCCCGGCCCCCUGAAGAGAGCGAAGAUUCCCGUCCCCCACGCCUCAAAAAGUGGAAAGGGGUGCGCUGGAAGCGGCUGCGGCUCCUGCUGACCAUUCAGAAGGGCGGUGGUCGGCAAGAGGAUGAACGGGAGGUGGCAGAGAUUAUGGAGCAGUUUGGUACAGCUUUGAGACCAAGCAAGGUGCCUCGAGACAACCGCAGAUGCUGCUUCUGUCAUGAAGAGGGAGACGGUGCCACUGAUGGCCCCGCCCGCCUGCUCAACCUUGACCUGGACCUCUGGGUACACCUCAAUUGUGCCCUGUGGUCCACGGAAGUGUAUGAGACCCAGGGUGGGGCAUUGAUGAAUGUGGAGGUGGCCUUGCACCGAGGAUUGCUAACCAAGUGCUCUCUGUGCCAGCGAACUGGUGCCACUAGCAGCUGCAACCGCAUGCGUUGCCCCAGUGUCUACCAUUUUGCCUGUGCCAUCCGUGCUAAGUGCAUGUUCUUCAAGGACAAGACCAUGUUGUGUCCAAUGCAUAAGAUCAAGGGCCCCUGUGAGCAGGAACUGAGCUCCUUUGCUGUCUUCCGGAGGGUCUACAUUGAACGGGAUGAGGUGAAGCAGAUUGCCAGCAUCAUCCAGCGGGGAGAGCGGCUACACAUGUUCCGAGUAGGAGGGCUUGUGUUCCAUGCCAUUGGACAGCUGCUCCCACACCAGAUGGCUGACUUCCACAGCGCCACUGCCCUGUACCCUGUGGGCUACGAGGCCACGCGCAUCUACUGGAGUCUUCGUACUAACAAUCGUCGCUGCUGCUACCGCUGCUCCAUCAGUGAGAACAAUGGACGGCCCGAGUUUGUCAUCAAAGUCAUCGAACAGGGUUUAGAAGAUCUGGUCUUCACCGAUGCAUCUCCCCAAGCCGUGUGGAACCGCAUCAUCGAGCCUGUGGCUGCCAUGAGAAAAGAGGCCGACAUGCUGAGACUCUUCCCUGAGUACCUGAAAGGCGAAGAGCUCUUUGGGCUGACAGUGCAUGCUGUGCUCCGCAUAGCUGAGUCGCUCCCUGGGGUGGAGAGCUGUCAGAACUAUUUAUUCCGCUAUGGGCGCCACCCCCUGAUGGAACUACCGCUCAUGAUCAACCCCACCGGCUGUGCCAGAUCAGAACCUAAAAUCCUCACACACUACAAACGCGUUUUCACAUCCAUUAUCUCAUUUGAUCCUCACAACAACCUUAUGAGGCCCCAUACCUUGAACAGCACCAGCAUGUCUAAGGCGUAUCAGAGCACCUUCACAGGCGAGACCAACACCCCGUACAGCAAGCAGUUUGUGCACUCCAAGUCAUCUCAGUACCGGCGCCUGCGCACCGAGUGGAAGAACAAUGUGUACCUGGCUCGCUCACGGAUCCAGGGCCUUGGGCUCUAUGCAGCCAAGGACCUAGAGAAGCACACGAUGGUCAUCGAGUACAUUGGCACCAUCAUUCGCAAUGAGGUGGCCAAUCGGCGGGAGAAAAUCUAUGAGGAGCAGAAUCGCGGCAUUUACAUGUUUCGGAUAAACAAUGAGCAUGUGAUUGACGCCACGUUGACUGGAGGCCCUGCCAGGUACAUUAACCACUCCUGUGCCCCUAACUGUGUAGCAGAGGUUGUGACAUUUGACAAGGAAGACAAAAUCAUUAUCAUCUCCAGCCGGCGAAUCCCCAAAGGAGAAGAGCUGACCUAUGACUAUCAGUUUGAUUUUGAGGACGAUCAGCACAAGAUCCCCUGUCACUGUGGAGCCUGGAACUGUAGGAAAUGGAUGAACUAAGAAGCUUUGAGGCUACCAGGCAGGGGAGUUCCCCCCACUCCCGCCUCUUCCCUGAAAGGGAUGAGAGGGAAGAGAGGUAGCAGCCAGAGCCAGGACCCAGGGCUGGGGCUGCCGACUGACCGGAGCCCCUGGAGCAGGAGGCUGGGGCGGAGGACCCUAGGCCAAGCCUACCCUGGGCACCAGGGACAACCUUCUUCCCUGCCACCGGCCCUUAGGCUGGCAUCUGCCCCCAGUUCCAGGAGGGGACAGACAGAAGCAGCCACUGGGCAUCUCAGGUUUGAGGGGGCUAUAUGGGCCGGGACUACCCAGAAGUGUCAGGGAGCAGGGAGGGGUGUGCGGCGGGCCUCAGCCCUGCUGCCUCCACCGACCUCGCUGGCCCAACUCAAGGCUGCAAAGAGACUUGACUAAGCUUGACAAUCCCAAAGGCCGGGUCCCACACCUGGCCCUGCCUGCCGGGUCCUGCCCCUACCCUCACCCCCAUCCCCUUCCUCUCUAUCUGUCUCUGUCUCCCUCUUUUCCUCUGUGUUUCUGUCUCUCUAUGGGUUGUGUUUCCUUGUUUUCCACUCUGACAAAUGCAACAUGAUGGGAAAGAGGCAUCCAGAUGCCCAGGAGGGCAAGCCGGGCACGCCAGGCAAGCCAGGCACUCCGGGCACGCCGGGCAAGGAGACCCCGCACCCACACCUACCUCAUUUAAGUGUUGGAUUUUUUGCUGUUUUGAAAUGUGAGACCCUCUCCGAGCCCCCUACUGCCCCGACUCUCCCCCCACCUCACUGCCCUCGUCUAGUGGGUGGAAGGGGGGUAGGAGAAGGACAACAACAACAAUAACAACAACAAAAAUCCAUCUUUGUUUUUAAUUAUGGGCGUGGGAUGGCGGCUGAGGCGAAUGGUGAUGAAGACUGGGGUGACUGGUCCCUAGUUGCUCUAGGACCUCCUUCUCCAUCUGGACAUGGAGGCUGGAGGGGUGUGCUAAAUCUAGGACCAGGAUCUCGCUCUCCUGUUUUCCCAGCCUCAUCCUGAGCCCAUCUGCCCUCCAGCCCCUGGACGGGGUGUGGGGGGUAGGGUGAGGGCUAUCCCUGAGUGGCAUGCCCGUACCCCAUGAGGCAGGGUGUGGCCCAGAGCUCUCACUUGCCCUCAGUCACCAAACUGCUGCUGGUCUGGUGGG